AUGCACACGCAGACAAACGCACACACACGUGCGCACACACACACCGCACUCCCUCCACCUGCAUUGAGGAGCUGGGUGUGCUCUGUUUUGUGUACUUAGUUCUCCAUUGCAUAGCCGGAUGGGAGUGUGUCUACUGAAUUGCAAGAGUCUCCUACACUGCAAGAGUUCAGGAUGAGGACAGGGAGAAGAGAAUGAAAGAACGAGUAGUGAAUAAGUAAGAGCAAGUGAGUGAAAAGGAGCGGCUAUGAAGGGAACAGCACUCAUCGUGUUUACAGCCACCGUCAUCAUCAUCAUAACAGAUGUUGUAGUUGGGGUAGAUGUUUGUGCAUCCUGCCACCGAAAUGCCACCUGUGACGACAAGACUGACGGCUCAGGGAAAGUGUGCAACUGCAUGUACGGCUUCGUGGGAAACGGCAGGACCUACUGCCAAGAUAAAGAUGAAUGUCAGCUGGGACGGAUCUGCGGAGACCACAGCAGGUGUCACAACACGUACGGAAGCUACUUCUGCACGUGUGUGUCGGGGUACAGCCCCACCAACAGCCUGGAUGUGUUCAUCCCCAAUGAUGGCACAUACUGCAAUGAUGUGGAUGAGUGUUUAGUGGACGGUGUUUGUGGUGAGGGUGGUAUUUGCAUGAACACAGACAGUGACUUCUACUGUACCUGCAGAACCGGGUACACAGUUCAACAUGGAUCGGAACCCUUCCAGCCUCAGAAACACACUGCCUACUGCCAGAUGGUAGAUUGCGGUCCCCCUCCCUCUGUGCCUCAUACAGUUCGGGUUUCUCCGUUCCUCACUCUUUACGGCAGCGUUGUGCAGUUCACCUGUGCAGAUGGUUUCACCUGGACACGAGGAAAUGACACCUCCACAUGUGGCCCUGAUGGACAAUGGAGCUUUCCUAGCAUGCACUGUGAAGAGGUAGAGUGUGGUGUUCCCCCUUCAUUCCCUCACUCAGUGAUGCUGUGGAACGGAGUCAGUAAAGUGGGUGCAGAAGUGCGUUAUCAGUGUGGGGAGGGUUUUUAUAACAGUGGACAUGAAGACGUGUGUGUUUGUACGAGCAGAGGAUCAUGGAGCCUCCUGCACUUCCUCUGCCACGAGAUCCUCUGCUCAGACCCCCCUGUGCUGCCCCACACUGACCGGCUGUGGGAUGGCAGUGUUCGUGUUAACAGCUCCGUACUUUAUUACUGUAAGGAAGGAUUUUAUGCUUCACUUGGAGAAAAUAAAUCAGUGUGCAGUCAGAACGGUUCAUGGAGCAGAGCUACUCUGUCAUGUCGAGAGAUCCUCUGCUCUGACCCACCUCUGCUGCCCCACACUGACCGGCUGUGGAAUGGCAGUGUUCGUGUUAACAGCUCUGUACUUUAUUACUGUAAGGAAGGAUAUUAUGCUGCACUGGGAGAAAAUAAAUCAGUGUGCACUCAGAACGGUUCAUGGAGCAGAGCUACUCUGUCAUGUCGAGAGAUCCUCUGCACUGACCCCCCUGUGCUGCCCCACACUGACCGGCUGUGGAAUGGCAGUGUUCGUGUUAACAGCUCUGUACUUUAUUACUGUAAGGAAGGAUAUUAUGCUGCACUGGGAGAAAAUAAAUCAGUGUGCACUCAGAACGGUAUAUGGAGCAGAGCUACUCUGUCAUGUCGAGAGAUCCUCUGCUCAGACCCCCCUGUGCUGCCCCACACUGACCGGCUGUGGGAUGGCAGUGUUCGUGUUAACAGCUCUGUACUUUAUUACUGUAAGGAAGGAUUUUAUGCUGCACUGGGAGAAAAUAAAUCAUUGUGCACUCAGAACGGUUCAUGGAGCAGAGCUACUCUGUCAUGUCGAGAGGUAGAGUGUGGUGUUCCCCCUUUAUUCCCUCACUCAGUGAUGCUGUGGAACGGAGUCAGUAAAGUGGGUGCAGAAGUGCGUUAUCAGUGUGUGGAGGGUUUUUAUAACACUGGACAUGAGGAAGUGUGUGUUUGUACGAGCAGAGGAUCAUGGAGCCUCCUGCACUUCCUCUGUCAGGAGAUCCUCUGCUCUGACCCCCCUGUGCUGCCCCACACUGACCGGCUGUGGGAUGGCAGUGUGCGUGUUAACAGCUCUGUACUUUAUUACUGUAUGGAAGGAUAUUAUGCUGCACUGGGAGAAAAUAAAUCGGUGUGCACUCAGAACGGUUCAUGGAGCGGAGCUACUUUGUCAUGUCGAGAGGUAGAGUGUGGUGUUCCCCCAUCAUUCCCUCACUCAGUGAUGCUGUGGAAUGGAGUCAGUAAAGUGGGUGCAGAAGUGCGUUAUCAGUGUGUGGAGGGUUUUUAUAAGAGCAAACACGAGGACGUGUGUGUAUGUACAAGCAGAGGAUCAUGGAGCCUAAUGCACUUUGUUUGUCAGGAGGUAAACUGCAGUGAGCCUCGUCCUGUCCCUCACACACUGCUGGUGUGGAACGGCAGCUCUGCUCUCGGCUCUGUGGCUCGGUAUGAAUGUGAAACUGGAUAUAGGAGUGUUACUGAAGAAAGUGUGUCUGUCUGCGGCUCUGACAACCGGUGGAGUGAUGUUAAAUUGCACUGUGAAGUUUACUGUGGUCCAAUCCCGAUGCUGCAGAACGCAGAGGUUCUUUGGGGAAAUGGCACUGUCGCUGUCCAUCACUGUGUUAAAGGCUACUACAGACAUUCAGGAAGUGACAUAUCAAUAUGUGACAUGACAGGAAAAUGGCGGAUGGCCACAAUGCGCUGCAGAGAGAUGAAGUUCAGUGUUCAGAGUUUGACUGUGUUUAAUGAGAAAUGUCUGCGCUGGAGGACGGCUGCAGAAUCGCAAGGCUACAAACAACAAUACAUAGUGGUGUUCAUUGGUGUGAGAGAUUUUGAUUCCUCCUUCAGUGAUCGACGAAGGAAAGUGUUCAGUUCGUCAGCGUUACAUCCUGCUGUGUGUUUGAACCUGCAGCCCAUCACCAACUACACCAUCAAUGUGACUGCUCUGGAGACUGGAGACACAGCUAUUGUUACUGCCAACACUAGCAUACCUGCUCCGCCCACUCCUGAGGUCUGGUACAGUGAGGUUGAUUCUCAGAGACCGACUUUACGAUUACGAAGAGCCACCAGCACACUAGACCUAAUCUGUGUGUAUCAGGUGAUCGUGCUACCCGUGGCAGGCGUGUUGGUGUUCAAAUGUGGCUCGUCUCGAUCCUGUGGUGGAGAGUACAUUGCGGCUCAGCUGCAGCUCUGUGAGCUCGGUGUGGAGGUGAACUUCACACUGGGGAACCAAGAGCAGUACGGAUCAUUCUAUAAUGCACCACUGGUGAACGGCCAAGAUUACUACAUCAUCCUACGCACCGUCUGCACCUGGGGACUGAUGAAAAAGCAGUCAUGUGUUGUCUGGGCCAGAGCAAGAGGUGCCUACUAUGCUACCAGGAUUUCUGCUUUGGUGACGUUUGGCUCCAUCUGUGUCCUGGGUUUCUUUAGUGUGACUGUUUACUGCUGCUGCUGGUCAGAGUUUAUCAUUUUCUUUUCACCCUUGUCCACUUCUAAAUACUGUAUGAAUGAGCAGAAAGUAAAGAGUAUGGAGACCUUUAUUUAACAGAUCUAAUUUCACCAACACAACAAGGUGGAUAAAGUUUUAUUUCUCAGAGAUUCAUAUCAACUUGAUAACGUCACUUUUUUAUGAUAAGUACCUCGUAUGGUAAUUUAUAACAGACCCCCCGGGAAGUAAAUUUACUGUAGAAAUGUUUUUGUGCACAACUUUUCUAAGUGCAGUGUGUUUUGUUUUGCUUUAUUUUGAGUCAUUGAUAUAGAACAGACAAGUUUCACUAAAGUAUUAAGUAUAAUUAAAGGCUAAUUACAGUCACAGAAGUGACAUUCAGCACAAUCAUAAUGCAGGUGUCGUGAACGCGGGAUAAAAACGGACCCAAACGAAGGAUAGCAAAACAAACGGGGUUUAAUAACAAAGGAAACACCAAACAACACACGGACUAGAGACAGGACACGACAACAGUAGAUUCCGCACUGCACAAGACAACGCGGCACAGUUAAAUACACAGGGUAAUCACAAUAGGAAACGUGUGUAGACAGGGAGGAGCAGACGAAGGCGGGGCAGACACGUGACGAGAAACAUAAACAGAUGCACGUGGCCAAAGUUCGGGCUGAGUACCGACAGCAGGUGAUGAAGAAGAGUAGACUGAGGAAUAAGUGAAACGAGGUCAUGACUUUAUUCUGAUUUAUUUCUCUUUCU